AUGGCUCUUGAGUAUGAUCGCAGUUGGAUGUGGCAUCCAGAUGCCUCAGAUGAUUCCGCAAAUUCUGCAGGUCAAUUUGUCCAUUUCCGAAAGAAGAUCACCGUGACAGAUGGGCUCCCACAAACGUUGAUGGUAAAUAUCACUGCUGAUACACGAUAUAAGCUAUGUAUCAACAAUCAGCAAGUCUCUUUUGGCCCAGUCAAGGGUGACGCGCAUCUAUGGUUUUUCGACCAGGUCAACAUCGCCCCAUUCCUACACCUCGGGGAGAAUCACGUCAACGUUCGAGUACUACGGCUCUAUUUCGCGACAACAUAUUCCCCAUCAUUCCCAAGGUUGCCUUUCGGGGGCCUACGGAUCUGGCUGCCCGACAACACCGGAAAUGAUUGGUGGCGAGAACAGUUACAAAGCAGCUCUACAUGGGAAACAGCAAUUGAUCACGACACAGUACUCCGUGUGGACGACCCGGAGGACUUUUUCUUGCAUCUUUACGAGAAGACGAAGAGAUCAGGCAACAAACUGACUUGGGAGGCAGCAAUUUUGCACACGUUUAAGAAUUCCACCGGCAACUCCCCUCCAUGGAACCUCUCCCCUCGCCAAAUACCGCCGCUGAGGCUCACAAAGCUGGUCUGUGCCGGCGUUAAUAACGUUCAAAGCACUUCACCCAAGGAGGCAUGGGAGUCCCUAUUUCUUGAUUACCAAACUCCGUCCCCAGCACCGAUCACUCUCAGGGCUGGCACACGACACCGAAUCGAUCUUGAGCUCACCAAUCAUGCGACUGCAUUUCUCCGGCUACGUUUCGAAAGGCCACUCAGAGCAGGUAGUGUGCUAAUGGUGACCUAUUCGGAGAGCUACGAGGAUCCGUCGCCUGAUUUGCCAUGGACGAGAGCUAAGAAGGAUCGAUGUGAUUAUUCUCGCUCACUGAUCGGCCCCAAGGACAUAUACUCCUUCCAGGGAAAAGACUCUAUCGCUUUGGCCGAGGGAGAGGGAACAGACAUGAGUUGUGAGGUCUUCGCGCCUUUCCACUUUCGCACCUUUCGCUUUCUGAACCUCGAUUUUGAGGUUGGGCCCGACGAUCUGACAAUAGAGGGACUCGACCUACAGGAAGUUACAUACCCUUUGGACGUGCGAGCAGCUUUCAAAGCGUCGCAAGUCCCGGAUGGACCUAUUUCCCAUCUCCCAGAAAGGUUACUUGAGGUCAGCGCCCGCACGCUCAUAAAUUGCAUGCACGACUGCUAUGAGGACUGCCCGUUCUACGAGCAGCUGCAGUACGCAAUGGACACUCGAAGCUCCGCGUUGUUCACAUACAACCUCUCUGGGGACGACCGUAUGGCUCGCCAGGCUAUUGUACAACUGCACAAUUCAUUCAAUCCGCAGAUUGGCCUAACUACCAGUCGUGCUCCAUCUCACCGACCCCAAUAUAUACCCAAUUUCUCCCUGUAUUGGGUUCUCAUGGUGUGCGAUCACUUCACGAAUUUUGGAGACGUUAAAUUCACUACUCGAUUUCUACCGGUUGUUGACGCCGUUCUGGCGUACUUUGAGUCUCGAGUAGAUGAAAGGGGGCUCGUCACUCUGGAGGUCCGCCCUGGUAUCUGGAACUUUGUUGAUUGGGAGACGGAGUGGAAGCCUCAUGGAAUCCCACCCUGCACCGAGAAGGCUGGAAUAUCCACCUUUGGAAACCACCUCUACUCGUACACGUUAGCCAACGCGAGCCGACUGGUAGGCACGCUGGGGCGUCAAAGUGUUGCACACGAGUAUCAGUCUCGUGCACAGCAAAUCAACGCUGCUACACGGGCGCUGUGUAUGAGUGAUGGCACGUUCUGCGACACAAUUGCAAGCAAGUCUAGCUCCUCUGAUCGUAGCAUCCACUGCCAGAUAUGGGGUGUUUUGAGCAAGGCUGUUUCGGGAGAGAAGGCUAAUCAGCUGCUGAGGAGGUGUCUUGCUGAGGAUUCCGGCAUGAUUCGACCCUCAGUCUCGAUGUCCUUUUACACUAUGCGAGCACUAAGUGCCCUGGGCGGCGACCUUUACAACGAGCACUUUCAUCAGUUUUGGGCACCAUGGGAAUGGCAGCUAGAACAGAACCUCACGACCUGGGCUGAAGAUGAUGUGUGCCAAAGGUCUGAUUGCCAUGCCUGGGGAAGUGUGCCAAUAUACGAGUUCUUCUCCGAGGUCGUCGGGUUGAAGCCAAAGACACCGAUGUGGGCCGAGAUCGACUUUCGCCCGAGAAUUGGCUUGUAUCCUUGCGUUCGGGCCAAGGUUCCUUUGUGCUUGACGAAAGAUGGUCUACAGGGUUUGGCUUGCGUUUCAUGGACCACACAGGCCUCCGGGGAUGUUGAGAUCCGCUUCAACAUUGAGCAUAACACGGCGCAGGAGUUCGUUUUACACGCUUCACUGCCAGGGCAAUAUCACACACUUCGUGUCAGAAAUCAGGAGAAUGUCUUCGUUGUAAGGGCAGAUAGUUUCAAGAGACAUUAUGAUGAGAACACGUAG